GGGAUGCUGCGCGCGCGCACCGGGGGUUGCGCUCUGGUUUCAUCUCAGUUUCGCAGCCUCCCUUUCGCGGUCCGUGUCAAGUCCGCCGGCUCAGCCAGAGAGGUGUGUCGUUUCCCGUGUUUCGUUGUCUCUCAGCUUGCCCCAGGUUGCCCCAGCUAGCCGAUCGGCAGCAGGCCGAUCCGGACGCAGGCACUCCACGUCCGCCCGUGGUCGCCGCUCUCGAGCGGCCGCCGCCGAGAGCUCUCUCAGGACUCAGCUUCGAGCUGAGCGAUCUCUCUCCGUUCUCUGGUUCGUCAUGCUCGAGCCAGAUGCGUCACUUUGCUCCGGAAGAAAAUGGAAAGCGUAAUCGUACGUGACGCAUCAAGAUGUGCCGCGGAAGGUUCGCCGAAGGAGAAUGGAUUUCGUGCACGCGAACGACGCUGAUGAUGGAUCGCCGUGCGAAUGUGGAAAAGGUGAACCGUAAAGAGGAGAGAAAGGGGCUCGAGUAAAUUCCGGAUGAAGGAGAUUUCGACCGUAAAUUUUUCCCAAUCGGUUCAUCUGCUUUCUCAGCGCUCAAUAUUGGCAGCUAGCCUGGAGGAAGAUAAGAGAGCGCGAGCGGCGAACGCUUGCUAAAAGCGCUUGCAUUUGAGACAACGCGAAGGGAAAGUCCGCGCGAGAGAUUGAUCUCGCUACGCUCGUCAUGCUUUCGGCGCGCUGUUCGGGCGCAUCGCGUUUCGGCCACGGGAAAAGUGAAACGCAACGGGAAGAGCCCUUCGCGUCGGACCUGCGCGUCUAGUCCUGUUCGACUCUGGAGCUCGUCGCUUCGAAUGAAAUGGCGUGUGUGGGCGACUGCAUGUAUAUGUACAUAUAUUUGCGUAUGCAUACAUGAAAAUGUGAGGUUUUUAUAUUUGCGAUACGUUUAACCCGUCGACGAGAGAGAGAGAGAGAGAGAGAGAGAGAGAAAGAGAGCGACUUCCGCGUGUCCUUCCGCGCGAUGCCUAUUAUCAGCCGGCGACGCGAUAAAUUCACUCGGACUCUUGCGGAAUCGAGGACGCGCGAUAAGUAAUGCGCGGCAGAAAGACCUGACAAUGUGAGAGAGAGAGAGAGAGAGAGAGAGAGAGAGAGAGAGAGAGAGAGAGAGAGAGAGAGAGAGAGAGAGAGAGAGGGAGCCUGGUAGGGAAAGAGAGCGGAUGCGCGGCGUAGAUCAUCCGGUCGGUCUUGAUUUCGCUUGAUUCAUCUUCCGUAUCGAUACCGAACCCGCCGUGUGUCUCGUCCCGCGGCCGAAUCUCCCGGUGAUGUGGUGAUGCAUCGGCGGGCACGAAUGAAAUGGCAGAAACGAUGACACGCAACCGCAAUCGGCGUUGCACGACUGGAAACGCUGGAACAACGCUGGCGAGGAAGCUGAAUCUCACGUUGAUGACACUGCUGCCUUCCACCGUGGUCGCGGCUGCGAUUAACGCCGAGGCGACGAUCCCGACUAAUCCGUCCACAGUGGUGGUGACGGCCGAUCCUGCAGCCGUCACUACCGUCAAACCGCACCAUCACGUCUACAACGUGACGGGAUAUCUCGUCGAGCACGACGAGCUCGAUCAUAGUAUUCUCGCCAGCUUUUCAGACAUACAGACCGUCUUACUCGCUUGCAUAUCGACGUUAUUACCGCUGAUCAUCGCCCUGGGGAUCGCCUUCGGCGUCAGGCAUGUGUGGCGAAAAUAUCGAAACGACCGGGACAGCGGGGAUGGUCUGCCUUGGUACAAGAGCGCCUGCACUCGCAAUAACGCGGCGGUAGAAUCGCAACGUCGUCACUCGCAUUCCGGAAAUGUUCCCGUUCAAGCUGCCACCACGAGGGUUCUCUCCGCGCAAGACCUGGUGAAUGGCCUAGAUGUACCCCGAUAUAUGUGCGAAACGGAGGUGAUGGAGGAUGUAAAUGUUGCCCCGGCGGCCAUGGUGGAGUACACCACUUCUGGCAAUCACACCAGCAAAAAUGCGAAUGGAAACAUUAUCACCCUUACAUUGAAAAAUAAUCAUCUUAUCGUAGAAACGGAGGAACGCGCGGUAACGAUGGAAGACAGCAAACCCAUCGCGAGAUACAAAGACGGCGGAUGCUCAUUUGUGGUGGAGGUGCAGCCAGAUUACGACAGGGAGGAGGUGGAAGGUAACAAGGGAUCCUCCGACGACAUGACUGCCGGAAUCACCGAUCAACAGGCUCUGGUACACAGAGAGGAGAUACCAGACGAUAGAUCGUCAGGCUUUGAAAAUACACGAUUGUUUGGGAGCACCAACACCGGUUUGUCACAGUCGGAUCUGUCGAUAUCCAGUCAAGGUUCGGCCAAUCCAAGCUACCGCUAUGGCAAUCAGGUCGAAUACGACUCUGGCCAUCUCGGCUAUCCUAUGUACGGCGGUAGUAGUUACGAGUCCGAUGUGCUGUCGAGAAAGCUGGAAGGACGAUCCAAGUGGGUAGAAUUUGACAAGUCCCCGGACAUAGAAAAGACGCUGUUGGACGACUCCAGAAAUUUGACCAUUGACGAGGACGAAGAUAAAAAUCCGCAGUACUUUGGAAAAUCCAAAAACGUGUCAUCCCUCCAAGAUGUCGUGAGCGCGGUGAUACGAGAGGACUCGCUGGAGAUCAACAAUUUCCCAGACGCCGUACGGUCGAACCCGAAUCUCCAGGUGAACGGUACAACGCCCAACAAGUUGGAGAUUAUGGAGCAAAAGGCUCUGAGCAACGACUUUGCCGGCAAAUCGGAGAGCAAUAAGCCCGUGAUAACCGGCGCGCUGCUGAAAGACGACGUUCAGGAGGAUGCGUUUCAGGAGCAACAGCGGAAACUGGGCAACGGCACGCUGACGCCGGAACACAAGCAGGACAAAACGACGGAUCACAAGCCGGAAGGUAGCGUCUUCGUGCCGAGUCACAAGCGAACCGGCAGCAUUCCGCCACGAUUGAUCGAGGAGACGCUCGAAAUGGAUCGUAAAAAGUCCUUGGACAUCUACAACAAGUAUAGUCAAAUCAAAACGAGCACCAGGAGUAUACUCCCGAGUCUGAGUCCGAAAUUCGAGCUGCUGCAGAACGAGGUGAGUCCUAUCGAGGAGAAGGAAAGUUAAUGCGUAUGUCAUCCGCCGGUGAAGGGAUGCUCCUCGUUCGAGACGCUCGCAAUCGGGACGUAACGUCCACGUUACAGACAGAAACUGCAACGAAAGACACCACACUAGUCAGGGAUUGAAGAAACGCAGCGAAUACGGUUGGUGCUUUGUACUUGUAGGAAUUAUGUUACUUGAUAUAUAGCGAACACACACACGCACACACACACACACACGCACACACACGUGUACAAUGAGCUCUCAGGAACGUGACGGCUAUUUAAUCGCUCAGAGAACGGCGACAAGAAUCGCGAACAUACAUUUCGUAGAGUCGAGUAGAACACUUGGGACUUGGGAUACCUAAAUGAGUCUACGUCGUACGACGAGGUGGAUUUCGUGUAACGAGUUAGCGUUUAAAAUGGGAUAACCAAUUUCGUUGUCAAGCAGAUGCAAUAGUCACAGAGAGAUAUUACGUUUCGCGAUAUAUUUUACUUAACCGCUAUCUUCUUAGCGGUUCGCACGAUGGUUCGCACGACAGUUUGACACGUUCUUCUUCUUGAACGAGAACGCAACGGAAGGUGUGAUACAGUGUCCGAUUGUCGCGUGACCGAAGUGCUUUCUUUUAUUCUAUAGUUUCAACAGACAGUUGUCCCGAGUUGUCCAGAGACGAUAGUUUCAAAUAUACGUAAACUUGAACUUUUUCACACGGACCAUGCCGUUUAGUUCGCAUCGACGGACCGUAUCUUUCGCGCACUGAGACGAAUGAACGUUAACUGUCAGCGUCAACGUCACGCCGGAAUACGCGCCAAUGUCACAAACUAAUCAAAAAACAUUGCAGUUCUCUGAAUCUUUUCGCACCAUUUCAUAUAGUGGUACAGAUAUUUUACCGAUAUCGCUUCAGACUCACGAUAGCGUUACGUAGUUAUAUACUUCAAAAAAUAGAUAUUAAGGAAACAUUUUUAAAUAUAAAUAUACAAUAUACCAUGGAUAGGGAAGAUUUCGUCUAAUUUUCUAUUUCCCAUUCGGAACGUAUAAUAAUUGCGUAGUGUUUCACAUUUCUUAUAUUUUCCCACGUAUCCAUCGAGUGUACGUUGACAUUUUUCAAUUAUCAAACACUCGCUUCACAAAUCAUUCACAACGAUCUUCAGAAGGUCACUAAAUUAAGUCAAAUAAAAUAAAAUCUGCUUCGAAUUGGAUAACACGUUUGUACGCGCCAAGUAGGGAUUAAAACAAGCGGAUAAAGCAAUUGUCGGAUCAUACGUAGUAUGCCGCGCACUAUUUUGUAAAUGGAUUUAUUCUAUGUAUUAUAUAAACAUUUCAUCCGUCAGUUUUCAGUUGGCAGUUGCUACGAGUCUAUCGAUACUUUUGAGUCAAGCUUAAUCGAUUAGGCGUGUCGUUAUCGUAAUGAUAUUACAUAUAGUAGUAAUCGUAAGUUCCUUAGUACUAUGUAAGACGUUAUAUUUCUAAACAUUCAUAUAUAUAUAUAUAUAUAUCUAACAAACGAGUCGGUAUGACAACCUUCACGUAAAAGUAUGAAAGCACAUACACGUACAUAUAGUAUACACAAACACGCGUAUACACGUACGCUCGCACGUAAUGUAAAUCAUUUUUUAUUAUGCUUGAUAGACGUUUCAGAAUGUCGAAUCGACGCUUAAAACCUAACGAUUAUGUGGAUUCUAGUGCCAAAAUACAAUAGUUUCUUAAGACAGUCCUCCGUCGAGGCGACUCGCGCGAGCCGACGAGCACUUACCUAUGAAUAUAACUACGUUUCUCUCUCUUUCUCUCU